AUGACAGCAACACCACAAUCAGGUUUGGCAGUUGCAGUUGCUCUUUGGGGUAGAAAGCCACCGAAACAUCGCAUUAACUGCUUGCAAUGUUUUAAAAACGGCACAAUUAUCAUCACAGGAGCUGAUGAUGGUACCUUGAUACUAUGGGAAAAAUGUGACGGGAAUUUGCAGGCUCAAAUGAUGUUGCUUGGACAUGAAGCUCCGAUAACAGCUUUAUCAGCAACAGAUACCACACAAAAUUUGACAAGAUUCGUGAGUGCUUCCGCAGACGGCCAGUUGACGUUGUGGGAUAGCGCAGAUGGGCGUACUAUUGAUAAUAUCUUUAUGGCUCAUGUGCAUCGACAAAUUGUCCCUUACCAUAUGACCAAAAGUUCCUUUAACUUAUGCGGGUUGUACUGUAUAGGAGAUUACGCUGAAGUGGUGGUGAUUGAUCCACAGGAUAUGAAUAUACUUUUCACUUUGAAUUCACGAGUAGAGCCAGAUUGGGUAGCUGCUUUCACUAUUAUCAGUCAUCCAAGCAAACAGGAUGCAGUAUUAGGCAUUACGACAUGUGGCAUGGUAAAGGUUUGGGUUCUGCUUGACUUAGAUAAAAAGGAAUUACCUAUCUAUGAAGCAGAAUCAAGGAAUAUGGAGAUAAAUGAAGUUUGUUCUAUGUCUUGGCAUCCCUCUUCACCUUCCAUAUUUCUGGUAUUUAAUUCUGGAUCAUGGCAAAUAUUUCAAUUAGAUGAUCUUAAUCGUUUGAUAGUAUAUUUUUCUGAAGAACAAAUCUGUGACGGAAAAUUAUUAUCUGAUGAACGAUCUGCAGUAGCCUGUGCAGAUGGCUGUGUAUAUAUUUAUCAACUUCCACGUUCAUUGCUUUCUUGUGGUAGUGGCUCAGAAAGUGUGAUGGAAAGACAUGACCCAGCACUGCUGAUGAUUUUGCAGAAUAAAUCAAUUAAUAAUGUGCGGUCAGCGCACAUGGUAUUUUGCAUCUCAGCUCCUUAUCUUGUUUGGCGAGCCGAUACUGAGAGCAAUAUAAUCCUAUGGGAAUUAGAUAAAGUUUUACCGAUACAAUCAGAACAUCAAGUAAUAUUUGAGCAACCCAGGCUGGAAACAAGCAUUAGAUGUCAAUGGGAUGGCUUGAAAAACUUGCCGCCAUCCAUAUAUGAUGAUGAAGAUGAUUGUGAGGUUACAGCUACGCAUUAUGUUAGUGGCCAAGGACGCCUUCUUAUUGGACGUGGAGAUGGGACUAUAAUUCUUAUGUACGGUUGCGACGCCAUUUCAAAACAAUUGCUAACCAAAAGCGAAGAGCUCAGUUGUCGGCAUUUGUAUGGUCAUACUGCUGCUGUAACAUGUUUUCUAUAUCCACAUGAAGAACAUUCGCGAUAUGAUCAGCAGAUACUCUUGUCUGGAUCCAGUGACUUUUCUGUCAUAACUUGGAAUUUGAAUACUGGAUCAAGAUUGUAUCGGUUUUGUGUGCAAGGCGGUCCAAUCCUUCGCAUGCUUAUUCCUCCGGAAACAUGCAAUCCAAGAGUCCUCCAUACAAUUUGUUCAGUAGCUGGAGAUAAUUCAGCCGCUCUUUUAUCUUUGAAAGAAAAUAAAUGUCUUCUGUUGGCAAGUCGACAAUUAUUUCCAAUAGUGGAUGUAAAAUGGCGACCACUGGAUAAUUUCCUGCUAUUGAAAUGUGAGGAUGAAACUGUUUAUGUCUGGCAAAUGGAUACCGCGUGCUUGGAAAGAAUUGUUAACGGUCAAAUGGCGGAAGAAAUUCUGCUAGCUUGCAGUGAACAAGUUGGUGUGGCUGAGAUAGACGAUGAAGCUGGCGCUUCACAAGCCGUCCAAAUGUUUCGUGCUUUGAGAAACAAAAACAUACUUGCGAUGAAACAAAUUGCAACUGGUAAUCGAGAUGGAAAAGUUACAAGUACAGUUGAAAAAGUUCUCGAGUUGCCACCUCCAAUGAACAUCCAGGCUAUGGCUAAAGCUCCUAACUCACCACAUCUUGUAUUUUUCAACAUUGACUCUUUGAUCGCGGGUCUUUUAAUACUUGAAAAUGAAUUGUCAUCAAGUGAAAAUGUUGAAAACAAAUCAUUAUCAACAAUACUGAUGGGUAAACAACAGUCAGAUCCUCGUAUAGCAGUAACAAAAAUUGCAUGGCAGACGGGAUCCAAUCUUUAUCUGGAUGUUGCAAAGCUUUGUAUGAGUUUAUUGUACGCCUGGACUCUUGAUGCUGAUUUGGAUGAAGUUUGUUUGAAAAAAUUGCGCCUCGUGAAACCGUCGGUACCAUUAAGUUUUGGUGUUGAAUCGCAACAAGGACAUCUGGUGGUAUACAUGCCUACAGGGAAAUUCAACAAUGGCACUUCAUUUGAUAACUUUGCAAGUUCUAUUCGGUGGACCACCGGCAGUUCUUUGACAACAGCACAUCUGUUGGCAGUUAUUGCUCUCGCGAAUACUUUGAUGUCAUUACAUGGCGCUUCGUUCGAUAUCGCUAAGAGGAAUAUUCUUAUAAGAAACACUUCAUUCCGUUAUUCCGGUGCUGAGUCUCACGAAAGCGAUUUGCAGUUAAAACAAGUUUGGUCAUUAAUUGCUGCUCUACAUUGUUGUUUGUUACCCGAUUUAAUCAAACCGAAGCAUAUUUAUUGCCCACCAAGAAUAGAACUACUCGCAAAAAGGUGGCAAGAUCGGUGUAUAGAAGUGAGAUUGGCUGCUCAAGCACUACUAACUAGAGAAUUAACGCGUCUUAGUGUCAAUGGUCGAAAACGUUUGGUGGAAUCGUGGUCUGCAUUUCUUCCAACCCUUUUGGAUCCUACCCUCUCAAUUUUUGGUAGUCGUGCUUUGAUAGCGUCCAUGAAUACAGCUCUUGGAACAACCAGUGUUUCUCAGCCACCUCCAAUUCCUCAUCGCAGGGGCGAAAAAGCACUGCCAGAUCCAACUGUUAAUGUAGAUGUUAGGUUGUUGAGAGAAGCAGGGGUACAGCAAAUUCGACGAAAUCAAACAACAUCAUUAAUAUUGCUUGGUGUAAUUGGUGCCGAAUUUCCAGACGAAAUGAGUAAGUUGGACAUUUCACGGGCUACUGCACAAUCCCUCUUAGAACUGCUCAUUGCUCCAUCAACAACACUAUUACCGUUUCAUUCACCACUUCGCCGUGCUGCCGUAGAUUUGAUCGGACGAGGCUUCAGCGUUUGGCAGCCUCAUCUGGAUAUCACUAAACUUUUGCUGAUCCUUUUGGAAUUGGCUACUAGCACUGACAAGCAAUCAGUAGAUACUACAGCGGCUAUUUUAACUCCAUCAGUGGAUGUGUGUCAUACAGCACGUCAUGCAUUAAGUCUAAUUGCUACAUCGCGGCCACCGGCAGUAAUCACGGCAUUAAGUAAAGAAGUAGCCCGUUACAAUAGUAUUGCACAACAUCAAACUAUUCAGCAUUCGACUAGCAGUCCACUACUAAAAUGUCGAACAGAGGUGUUGCGUAUUAUGGAGUUACUCUCGGAAAAGGAAUAUACGAACGUUGCCGAUUUGAUGAUCCCGGUGGGUGAUAUACUUGUCCACUGUUUGGAUGCAUCAUUGCUUAAGCAUAAAUCACUGUCAGAAAUCUUCCCACCAAUAACAAGAAAAAAUAACGAUUUUUUUUUUUGGUUUUACAUGGUUGCAUACUGUCCGAACACGCGUCGAAUUGCUUUUGGUGGAAAAAAUGGCACGGUAGUCGUUCAUGAAUUAAGAGCUGCCAAGGCACAGACGCUACAGGCUCACAAGGGUGCCGUUACAGCAGUGGCAUUCUCAGAAGAUGGAAAAUUUCUAGCAACUUACGGAGCUGAAGAAGCUAAAUUGUCAUUUUGGCAAACGUCACAAACAUUUUUGGGCAUAGGUCAGAGUCAAUUGAAAUGUGUCAAGUCACAGUCAGCACCUGGAAUAUUUCCAGUUCUCUCUCCGAGCGGUACGCAUCAACCGUUCAGAGCUCGUUUAGUAUGGAUCUCCCUCAAAUCUGUCACUCUAAUGCUUCCAAAUAGCAAAGAAUAUAG